UUUCACAGUCCGGUCCAUUCGACCAGGUUGGAUCCCAACAGUUAAAUACCGCCGGGACUCCUGUAACCCUCUCGAGACAUAGCAGCUAUACAGUUCUGAUACCUCCGUCGAUCUUACGUGCUGCUCGAGUCAGUCAGUAUGCCCAGAAAGCCGAGUGUCCUGUUCGUCUGCAUCCAUAAUGCUGGCCGCUCCCAGAUGGCCGCUGGGUAUCUCGCCCACCUAGCAGGCAACGCGAUUGAGGUCCGAUCUGCAGGAUCUGCCCCGACAGAGUCCAUCAACCCGAUGGUCAUCGAAGCUAUGCGGGAAGAAGGCAUCGACUUGACGGGUCAGAAGCCCAAGAUCCUUACCCACGACGCCCUGCACGCCAGCGAUGUCGUGAUCACUAUGGGCUGCGGUGAUAGCUGUCCAGUCUUUCCCGGCAAGCGCUAUCUGAACUGGCAACUGGAGGACCCUGCCGGACAGGGCAUUGCUGCUAUACGGCCUAUUCGUGACGAAAUUCGACACUUGGUUGAAACCCUUAUACUUGAACUUCAGCAUUAGUUGAUUAGGGCACAUACAAUCCACCCUAUCCUGCCAAUUAUUGCAUUCCAGCUGCAGCUCCAGCAGGCCUGUCUUCAUGCCCCCCCGGAAAGAAACAACAAAACGGCGGAAAGCGUGGGAAUGGUGGUUUCUGAAUCUAAGAGUUGUUGGCUUUACUGUUUUGGAUUGGCUAUAGAGAGACAAGUGAUCUGUUUGCAGACGGGUCCUCCGCUAUACAAGCCUAGUUAUACUCUACUCCUC